AUGGAAAUGGAUCAUCGCCCCAGAAAGGCCUGCGAUUUAUGCUACACUCGUAAACUCAAAUGCAAUGGACAGCAACCUCGCUGUUCUAACUGUAUAGUUUAUGCAAGAGAAUGCACCCAUACAGUCCAAAGCCGCAAGUCAAAACCCAAGACUCGGUGCAAUGGUGGCAAUAAUACAACGAGGGCGGAUGAGGUCCAGAACCUACGAGCGAGGGUACAGGAACUAGAAACUCAAUUGACACAGAAUCCUAUUAAAGACAAUAGUCAUCAAUCUGCGGGAAACCAUAACAAUGCAGGCAGCUCCAUGAUUCUCCCUCCCCUUCAACAAGCUUUGCCUAUGAUCGAAAUGUUUCUCAACAAACUAAACUCGGUACUUCCAUUAUUUCACGCCGGUACCUUCUUGCGUCUAGUCGGCGAAUGCUAUUCCCGCACGCCUCGACAACGGGAUCCAGUGGCGUGGGCUGCUAUCAACGUUGUUUUGGCCUUAACUUGUCAGCAAAUCUCGUCACCAGAUGGUGAUGGUGAUAUAGGAGCUCGGGCGGACCAUACAACCGAGUAUCUGAACAGAGCACAAUCAGUCAUUUCAGAUGUAAUGCUGGGCGAAACUCGACUCUUAAACAUACAGACCCUGGUGGGCAUGGUGAUGGUCCUCCAGAGCGCCCACGAUCCAACUCAGGCUCUGAUCUUGAUAGCAGCGACAAUCCGCCUAGCACACAAAAUGGGUCUCCAAAAUCGGAUCACAUCAGCACAUCUAGACCAUGAAGAAAGGAGACAGCAUACUCACGUCUUCUGGCUGGUGUAUAUUUUGGACAAGGAUCUAAGUCUGCGGGCACAACAACCAUCUAUUCAGCUUGACGAUGACAUUGAUCUAGACUUGCCACAUUCCCUACCUGCGGAUGAUGAGAGUGAUGGUGAUGCUCCUGGAGUAAUAGCUACCGCCGAUGGAAAUGCUAGAAUGAACUACUUCCUAGCCCGUGUGCAGCUGGCUAACAUUGAGGGUGGCGUAUACGACUGCAUCUUCUCAACGAGGGCAGCGAAACGCAGUCCAGAAGAGCGACUUGCUGCAGCCAAUAGUGUACUCGAAGCCCUCGAGAAAUGGCAAGCCGAGAUACCAUCUGAGUUUGGCGGUGCCGCCGUCAUCACUUCGAUAACAAACGACUCAACGAGUCUUGGCUUAUUUUGUGUUCUGCAUUCUAUCAGCCUUCGCUGUAUGACUCUUAUUAAUAGAGCUCAUGCCUGGAACGAUGAGUGGCUUCCCAUUGGAUGGGCAACACUAGUACACCAAGCGCGAGACUUUAUGAUUUUGUUUGAGCGGGCGUGGUCAGCGGAGAUCUGGUUUCGCUGGAUCGUCUCUUGUCCUUACGUAUCGUCUAUGAUGGUCUUAGUAACCAACAAUCUACGCAAUCUCCUUCAUCAUCGGAUACAACUAGAUAGCCAACUUGUUGAUAAGGCCUUGCAGUGGCUGAAAGCUGGUGCGGAGGAAACGCAAAGAGAAGAUGUCCGCAUACUUCGGGAUAUUUGUGUGGAUAUUGUUCAAAGGGUUGAGCGUAAGCGUGCUGCACCUAUCUUGGGGGUCUGUCCCCGUAUCCUUCUUUAG